AUGAGGAACCCCUCACUGUUUAGGCCUGCGACGGCUGGCUUGUCGACAGCCCUCUACUUGGGCUCUCUACUUCAAUUGUCCCCCGCCUCGGGACUAUCGUUUACACCGGUCGCACAACCCGACCUGGAACUGAGCCCUCUAGGACGGGUCGCCCUUACCGGAGACUUCGAUGCGGUCUCGUUUUACUCGUACAAGGAACAGUCGGAGACGGCCUCGGUGAACAAUGGCUCCCAAUCCAUCCUGACGCCGCUCCCGGAUGGCAUCCUAACGACGCUGUCAACCUCCGAUGCUUAUAUUCGUUCAAUGUGCCCGUUUACGCAGAAGGAUGGAACGUACGCUGGGAUUUUUGUCGGCGGAAAUUUUACAAGCCUCGGAGGAGUCGAAACCCAAGGCGCAGCGUUGUUCGACCCCGAGACGAAGAAAGUGACGGCUUUACCCGGUCUGUCGGGGUCUGUUUCUGCGGUGUUGUGCGACAAGGAUACGAAUAGCGUGUAUGUUGGCGGGGAUUUCAAAUACGAAAAUACAUCGAAUGCCGUAGCGUGGGUUGGCAAUGAAGGCUGGAAGAGCUUGGUUUUUGGUGGAUUUAACGGCCCCGUUACCUCGAUCUUGAAGAGCGACGAUCAUAUUAUCUUCGGCGGUUCGUUCGACGGCAUCGGCAACUCGACCUCGUCUAAGAAAAACCAGCAAAUCAUCAAUCUUCAGAACGCUACGAUUUCCUCCGACGCGGUGUCCAGCAGAAGUGGUUAUAGUGAUCCUCGAAACAUCAUCUGCCAGACAAGCGGGGAAGAUGGCGAAGGAAAAACAUGGCUGUUGGAGGACAACUCCCCCGGUUUCUGGCGUGCCGACAUGCGAUUCGGAUACAACCCGACAAAGAUCCGUAUAUACAACACCCACUUCGAGGGGAGAGGCACCAAGACCUUUUUGCUGAGACGGCUACCGGAUAAUGGCAUUAUGAACCUGACCUAUACCGACCCAGAUACUGCGAAAGAUGUCUACUGCGACCAGGACUGCUCGCUCUCUAACAGCACAGACGAGAAAUAUCGAGAAUUCGAAUUCGUGAACAGUGUUGGCAUGAAGGGAUUCCAGUUAGAAGUCCAUUCCUGGUAUGGAGAUGGCGCUGGUCUCAAUGGAAUACAGCUCGUGCAGAACGAUAUUUUCGCCUAUGCGAUCAAUGAUUUCAACGAACCUACAUGUGCUGACCUCAAAUACCCAUCUAAGGCGACCCAGACAGGGUCUUGGACUACAACUGAAUUGGGUCAGAGCCAAUCCGACUAUCUGACAGCGAAUAUCAACGACUCUACUGCAUCCGAUACUUCUGUUGUCUUUGAGCCGGACGUCAAACAGUCAGGAAACUAUUCCGUUGUUGUUUACACCCCCGGAUGCACACAGGACGGCACUUGUGGCUCGCGUGGUGUGGUCAACGUAACUGCCACCCUCAAAAGUAACAGCAAAUCGGCAGAGCCUAUCCAAAUGACGAUCCAUCAGACAAACUUGAACGACAAGUAUGACACCCUCUACACCGGUCAUGUGGAUUCCAGUGAUGGCUCUUUCCGGCCCAGCGUAACCUUAACUCCGGUAGCAGGCCAGGGUGAUGUAACCAUUGUCGCCUCUAGAGUCAAGUUUGCGCUUAUCCGGGCAUCGGAAGGGCUAGAUGGGGAGUUGAACGGCCUGUAUGACUUUGACCCCUCUGCGAAAACUACCAGCUCCAAUUUUACCGAGUCUGCGGUUAACCGAGCUGGGCUUCAAUUGGACGAGGAUGCCACCAUACGAAGCUUAGCUAUCCAUGACGGCGUGAUGUAUGCUGGUGGAAACUUCUCGAGCUCGGGGUUCAAAAACAUCCUGUCCCUGAAGGGCGAGACAAACGCGACGGGCUUGCAGCAAGGUGGGUUGAACUCGGAAGUGUCGUCGAUGACGGUAUUGGAUGAUAUUCUGUAUGUUGGUGGCAACUUCACCGAUACUUCUGACCGUAGCAAUAGCGAUUUGAAACAUGUCGCAGCUUAUUCUUUCGGCUCUAAAGCUUGGACAGCGCUGGGUGGCGGUGUCAAUGGGCCUGUCCACAAGGUCACCUCACUUACGCUCAACGUCUCCACGGAAAUCAACGAGACGACCAUCGGCGUGACCGGCGAUUUCGAUCAGUUGCUCGCCUUCGACGACAAUACCUUGGUUAACGUUACCGGCUUCGCGAUAUGGGUUCCGUCAAAGAAGAAUUGGCUACAGAAUCUGAACGUCACCCAGAUGGCCUUCGCAGGGCAGUUGUCAGCUUGCACCAAGGUUGAUAACACUACUGUCAUUGCUGGGACUCUCUCAUCCGCAGGGAUUGCCGCAGCUGGUGCUGCGGCUCUCCUCCAUGAGGGUCCGCUGAGCAUCAAGCCGCUGUUCGCGAACGCCAAUUUCACUGGAGAAACUUACACUGGGAUUUAUGAAACGAAGUCCAACCGCAACCUCACCAUUGUAGGAGGUCACUUUACAACUACGGGCACUGACGGAUCUUCUGUGAAGAAUCUUGCCCUGCUUGACGGCAAGGCGGGUACCGUCAAGGGUCUGGGCACUGAUAUUGACAACAACUCGACGUUCUUGGCUCUGACUGCCUGGAAGGACAAACUGUACGCGGGCGGAAAUGUCUCUGGCACUUUCGAAGACUAUAUCCUGAAUGGGUUUGUCGUAUAUGACCUUGAAAAUGGGACCAUCGCUCGGAAACAGCCUCCACGAUUCACAGGCGAUGCAGCCACCGUCAAUUCAAUCGCUGCUCGUCCUGACUCUGACGAGAUCUAUUUCGGGGGCCAGUUCGAGAAGGCUGGAGCCCUUCCUUGCCCGGGGGUCUGUUUUUGGGACGCUGCCGACCAACAGUGGAACAGACCUGGUAUACUAUCUGGUAAGGUGUUGGCACUAAAGUGGAUCUCCAAUAAGAAACUGUUGGCAAUCGGCAACCUCACCGUCGACGGGAAUAGUUCUGCGAUCGCAACGUACACCCCAAAGCAGCAGACUUGGGAAUCCUGGACCUCUGCAUCUGAUCUCCCGGGAACCGUGACUGCUUUCACUCCUGCUAGCGUGGACGUGUCCACAUUCUGGCUGGCAGGGGUUUCGAAGAACGGCUCCAGUUACCUUGCCAACUAUGACGGAUCAAAAUUUCAAUAUCCUGGCGAUCUCUUUGACCAGGGUACCACGAUUCGGAACCUUGAAGUACUAUCCCUCACGAAAGAUCAUUCUGGGGUCGACGUUCUACAUAACGACCAAGUUCUUCUAGUCACUGGCCAAUUAGUGAUCCCUGACUUUGGGAAUGCGUCCGCAGCGCUCUUCAACGGAACCGAGUUGACCCCAUUUAUGCUUAGCUCGAAUGCAGAUGGCCAACCAGGCAGCAUGGCUCAACUAUUUUACGAGAACGAUAAUCCCUACAGUAGCGAAGUUGGGAACCACCACUCCAACGGGAUUGUUGUCUUAAUCUCAUUCUGCUGUGCACUUGGCGCUGUGUUCUUGAUUGUCAUCGCCGGGGUUAUCUUCAAUAAGAUCCAGCGGCGUCGUCAGGGCUACAUGCCGGGACCGCAGGCGUACGGGACCGAUCGGUCUUCGAGCAUGCGGCGGCUGCCUCCGGAGUACCUGUUCAGCACUCUGAAAUCACUGAACCCGGGCACGCCGGCGAUCUGA